AUGACCACUAUCACCCAAAAUUCUGGAAAUGGGGACACCAGUGCGGAGAAGGUGUUCGAUGUUGAGCAGCAAAGAGAAGGUGCGCUGGUAGCUGGGCUUCCGAAGUCCCUUGGUGCAGGUUCAGCCUUGGCUCUUGGAGCAUUCGGUACAACCCUCACGACACUGUCCCUGAGUCUGAUGGAAUGGAGAGGAGUGACCACGACAAAUGUUUUCGUUGGAAACUUUUUCUUCAUUGCAGCGUUCGGUCUGGUCGUGACAGCUCAAUGGGAGCUCUCUAUCGGUAACGGCUUUGCCUAUACCGUUUUUAGUGCUUUCGGUCUCUUCUAUGCUGGCUAUGGUGCGCUCUUAACCCCCGCAUUUGGUGUCGCACAGGCAUACGGCGGUGAUAGUACUGCCGAGUAUAAUAAUGCAGUUGGAUUCUUCAUGAUAUUGUGGACUGUUUUUGUGUUCACGUUUCUGAUCGCAUCCCUCCCGAGCAACAUCGCUUAUAUCUUGGUGUUUUUGUUUGUUGAUCUUGGAUUUCUCACCGUCGCGGCAAGCUACUUUGCCAUGGCUGAUGGCCAUGCAUCUUCGGCCGAAGCUCUGAAAAAAUCAGGCGGAGUCUUUUGUUUCCUCGCAGGCUUGGUAGGUUGGUAUAUUGUUUUUCAUUUGCUCUUGAAGGACUCUCUUCUGGAGAUACCGCUCGGUGAUACAUCGCGUAUUUUUGGAAAGAAGAAGAAACACUAG